AUGGCGGGCAUCAGCAAAGCUCGCCAGACGGCCCAGCACACCAAAGGCGAGAACCACUACCGAGAUGGGAAGAAGGUGCGACAGCUCAAGAUGCUCUCGUCCGGCCACAAAGCGAUCAGAGAUAAAGACGGCAAGAUCCUCAAAGCUGCGCCUUUCCAGAGCAAGGAAGUCACCCCGGGCCGGGUACAGCCCGACCGACGAUGGUUCGGCAACACACGUGUCAUCUCACAGACUGCGCUCGAUCACUUCAGGACGAGCUUGGGCGCAAGGCAGAAUGACCCCUUUGCGGUCGUGCUCAAGCAGAACAAACUGCCUCUCUCGCUCUUGCAAGAGUCUACAAAGGUCACCCGGCCCGAUCUCGCAGUGGCAGAGCCAUUUGCAGACACGUUCGGACCCAAGUCACAGCGUAAACGGCCACGCUUAGACGCCGCCAACUUUGAAGAGAUGCUAGGCGCCAGUCAGGCACACAAUCAGCGCGACUCGGACGCACAGGAAGCACUCCAUGUCGCAGCAGAAGAGGCUCACGCCAAAGGAGACGACCCUGUCUUGCCCGCCGAUGAUGCCAACGAUGCGCCACUCGACAAGAUCAUGUCCGCCGGUACUUCCAAACGCAUCUGGGGCGAACUCUACAAGGUCAUCGACUCCUCCGACGUCAUCCUCCACGUCCUCGACGCCCGGGAUCCGCUCGGGACACGUUGCGAGUCUGUCGAGAAGUACCUCGCCAAGGAAAAGCGAGGCAAGAAAGUUGUCUACAUCCUCAACAAAGUCGAUCUCAUCCCUGGCUGGGCAGCUGCGCGAUGGGUCAAGUAUCUAUCACAGUUUCACCCGACAAUCGCUUUCCACGCUUCAAUCACCAAUUCGUUCGGCAAGGGCUCUCUCAUCACUUUGCUCCGACAAUUCUCGGUGCUCUUCUCCGACAAGAAGCAGAUCUCCGUCGGCUUUGUGGGCUAUCCCAAUGUAGGCAAGAGCAGCAUCAUCAACACACUCAAGAGGAAGAAGGUCUGUAACGUCGCGCCCAUUCCUGGUGAGACAAAAGUUUGGCAAUACAUCACCCUCAUGCGGAGGCUCUACCUCAUCGAUUGUCCGGGUAUCGUGCCACCUUCUUCGCGAGAUUCGGAAACGCAAAAGGUCCUCAAAGGCGUCGUCAGAGUCGAGCAUCUCUCGAGCCCGUCUGACCACCUGCCGCCUCUGCUCGAGAGGGUCAGACCCGAGUAUAUCACUCGAACGUACGGCGUGAAAGGUUGGAAGGAUCCGGAUCAGUUCCUUGCCAUGCUGGCCAAGAAGCGAGGCAAGCUCGGUCCUGGCGGUGAGCCAGAACUGGACACAGUUGCAAAGAUCGUUCUCAACGACUGGAUAAGAGGGAAGAUCCCCUACUUUGUCCGACCGCCCGAUACGGACGGAUUCCUUGCCGCUCAACAGGAGAGCGCGGAGCAAGACCAGAUCGAGCAAGCCAAGCAAGUGGGAAUGGGCAAGCUCAGAGGCGUUACCCAACCGCUCCAUCAGAUCGUGAGGAGCAAUGCCUUCCUCGCCGAGGACGAACAAAGUGGCGCGAUUGCAGCCGAGGCUGUCGACGAUGACGCUCCCACAGAUUCGAGCCCGGCGGCAGUCCCAGAUGACGAAGCGGAAGCCGCGAUAGAGGAAGAGGUCAGCUCGGAUGACGAGGAGGAUGGCGAGGCCGCAACAAGCAGCGAAGAUGAGACGGGCGCGAUCGACAGCGGCUCAGAAGGCGAGCUGACUUGGGACGACCUCGUUGGCAGCAAGCCCGCGCCUGAGGUCAAAGCAGAACAAGCCCUCGUCGACUCAGAUGACGGUGAGCGGCCCAAGAAAGAGCCUCGUAUGAAGACGCUCAAACGCAAGGCCGAGAACUUUUACACUUCCGCCAAUGUCAAGAACAGGAACCGAUCACGUACAGUGCCGAAGCAAGUGGGCAAACGGUCCCGACGAUGA